GUCCAGCAGAGGGUAGAGGUUAGGGAGGCCGGCAAGGGAGCGAUGGCCCCCGCAUUCUAGCAGGCAACUUGCCCUAAAAGGAGUCACGGCUCUGAGCACUGAUCUGCCCCGUCCGAAGGGAGCCGGCGGCUCACGGUGGAAGGAGGCCUUGGGGACACCUCACUGGUGCGCUUGCUUUGGGCCCAGUCAGAGGCCUAGACUUGAAUCCUCUCCUGCUACAGGAGGGCGUUCUUGGGUGGCUCUGUGACUUUACCAAGCCUCACUUUCCCCAUCUAUAAAAGGAGACUAUGCUGCUGCCUCCCAGGGUCCUUGUGAGGAUGACACCAAAAGAUGAUGCCAAGUGCUGCGUGAAAGCCUGUGGAUACCGGCGGAUCCCUGUUCCCUUGCCAGAGAAGAAUCCCCACUUCUGGCUUUGCAGGGGGCACGCCCAGUGGAUCCCACAUGCCACUGCUGCACACACUGUGGGUGCUGGAGAAGGGGAGAGGGUUACCAAGGACCUGCAGGGUACCUGACUCAGGGAAAAGACAAGUAUCUCCUCUCACACACCACUUCCUGGAGAAAGAUAAGUAUUUCUGUUUACCCACUACUUCCUUCCUCUAGCCCCACUGAUGUGCUCUCUUUUUAACUUCCCUCCCCCCACCUGCCACCCUCACCCCAGCCCCAGCCCUAGAUAGUACAGUGUUUUCAGCUUGGAAAUACCCCUGCCACCAAGAUGGUCUCUCCCUGCAGCCUGCUCUCACACAUCUGCACACGCACAGAGAUGCCCCUAUCUGUGGUCAUCAGCACCCACUCCUCAGACCCUUCCCUCCCAUCUAAAGCCAUUGGUUCCCCAGCCCUCUUGAGACCAACCGCCAGCCCACUGGGCACCAGGCAGGGUGAGGACCGUGGGAGCCCAGUGUGCUUAUAUACAUAAAUGAGCAAGCUCACGUUCUGAUUAGGUUUAGGUGAUUAGUUGCUGGUGGUGUUGGCUCCACCCCCCGGAAACUCGGAGGGAGGCUGCUUGAAGCCUAAGCAUAAGAGCCAGCCUGGCCUCCCUCUGCCUGGGGAACCGAAGGACAGCAGCUGGUGGCACAGAUUGUGGCUGGUGGACCGGAGACAAGAAGACCUAGAAGGGUAACAAGUCACCCCCCCCACCCAACACAGGAAGCAGUGGAUGGUAUCAGCAUAAGGGAUUCCCUGGUCAUGGUGGAGAAGCAGAGAUGUGCUGAUACAGUUCCAUCAGACAGUGGCCUCAGAUUCCCACUCAUUGCGUCGAUGAAGUGAUAAUCGCCAACCAGAGGUGUGACAUAAGCCUGGGUUCAUCUGGGCUGCCAUAACAAGGUCUGUGGAUCCAGAAUAGCACCUACAGCUGCUGGAAGGUCAUUCUAGGAGCUCAGCCCUGUGUCUUGGCAGCAACUGGAUUUGAAGAUGGCAGCAAGGGUAUUGUGGGGUAGCCUCGGCCUGCUCCGCCUGGUGUGGUGUCUCCUUCCGCAGACAGGCUACGUGCACCCAGAUGAAUUCUUCCAGUCCCCUGAGGUCAUGGCAGAGGACAUCCUGGGUGUAGAGGCCGCACGACCCUGGGAAUUUCUCCCCAGCAGCUCCUGUCGCACAGUGGUUUUCCCACUGCUGACCUCUGGCUCUGCCUUCUGGCUGCUCAGGCUCUGGGAAAAGUGGGGGCCAUGGCCUGGCCCUGUGAGUGGUUAUGUACUGUUGGUGGGGCCCCGACUCCUCCUCACUGCCCUCUCCUUUGCCCUGGACAUGGCUGUGUACCAUCUGGCCCCAUUGUGGGGAGCAGAUCGCUGGAACGCCCUGGUCCUGCUGUCUGGUUCCUAUGUCACCCUGGUCUUCUACACAAGGACCUUCUCCAAUGCCAUCGAGGGGCUGCUCUUUGCAUGGUUGCUGGUCCUAGUAUCCCACCGUCUUUUCUGGAGCCCCAGAACCAAGAAGGCUGCUCUGGGCCCACAGUGGCACAACUGGCUUCUCGGGGGCAUCGUGGCUGCUGGUUUCUUCAACCGGCCCACAUUUCUGGCCUUCGCUCUGGUCCCCCUCUUCCUCUGGGGAGUUUGUGGAGCCACGAAUCCUGGCAUCAAGUCACUGACCCAGGAAGCUCUGGUGCUUCUCCCAGGGGCGACCCUCACAGCAGCAGUGUUUGUGGCUGUGGACAGCUGGUAUUUCUCCAGUCCCUCCAGGCCCAGUUUCCUGGUCCUCACACCUGCCAACUUCUUGCGCUACAACCUGAAUCCUCAAAACCUGGCGAGGCAUGGCACACAUAUGCGGCUCACUCACCUGGCAGUCAAUGGCUUCCUGCUCUUUGGGGUGCUGCAUGCCCAGGCCCUGCAGGCUGCAUGGCAGCAGCUACAAGCCUGCCUCCAAGCCUUUGCACAAAUGGGCAUCCUGAAGGCACUGGGUGUCAGGGGCUUGCUGUCCAGCCCCAGGAUUCAACUCCUGCUCCUCUACUUUAUGCCACUGGCCCUACUGUCUGCCUUUAGCCACCAGGAAGCUAGGUUCCUCAUCCCCCUUUUAGUUCCUCUGGUCCUGCUUUGCAGUCUACAGACCCAGUGUGUGCCCUGCAAGGGUAUGCUUGUCCUUUUCAAUACCCUAGGUGCCCUUUUCUUUGGCUGCCUGCACCAGGGCGGCCUAGUGCCUGGCCUGGAGCACCUGAAGCAUGUAGUUCAUACACCUGGGCUUCCAAGCAUCCCUACCCACUACACACUCCUCUUCACCCAUACCUACAUGCCACCUCGGCACCUCCUAUACCUCCAUGGCCUGGGAUCGCCCGUGGAAGUGGUGGACUUGGGUGGGACGGAGGACCAGGUCCUGUGCCAAGCCCUGAACAACUUCACCAGUCAACCAGCUUGCCAGGUGGCUGGUGGGCCAUGGCUUUGCCGUCUCUUUGUGGUGACCCCUGGCACCACCAGGCCUGCCAUGGAGAAGUGCAGCUUCCCCCUCAAAAAUGAGACACUCAUGUUUCCCCACUUGACCAUGGAGGACCCACCUGCCCUGUCCUCUCUGCUGAGUGGGGCUUGGAGGGACCAUCUCAGCCUUCACAUCCUGGAGCUGGGAGAGAAGCCUGCCAAUGUGACCAAAAAGGCACCACCCAACUCUCAGCCACAGGCGAAGGCAUCACUCUAGCUGAAGGGAUAGGAAGAGCAGACUCCAUGCAGGAAUGGGAUGUGCACAGCCUUUAGCUGCUCUGUCCUUCUGGAUGAGCUGCCACUCUUUCCCCUCAAAGACCAAAGAUCAGACAAGUCACUCAAGGUCCCCAAAGAAUCUCUAUCUGUCUCUGCCCUAUUUCUUCUAGCCACUGUGAUGUUUUAAAUAUAUAGUAGCACCUGGUGGUGAAGAGAACUUCUGCUGGUGACAUACCUGAGUGACCUCUCCCAACCCAAGAAUGCCUUACCUCUUUGCUGUCAUGACAACCCUUUAGCAUCCUAGAUACUGAUAAGCUGUGGAGUACGCAGAUAACUCAGGUUCACAGAAGUGAAUCCUAGUCCCUUGCUGAACUCACUGGCUGUGUGAUCUUAAGGAAGUCCCUUACCCUUACUGAUACAGAUCAGUUUUCCAGUCUGUAUAUGGAUCAGAGGGUCGCGGAGGUAUCUACCAGUUAGCGCAAUCAUUCCUGGGUCUGCAGCACGUCCCCCGGGGAGCAAGGCAUGUUUUUCCCAAAGCCUUUUUAAGCACAGAAGUGGGUAUGGUGGUGUAUUUAAUGGCAUUUUGGUGCCUGUUGUAUUCUUUUAUUUGCUGUUCUAUUAUUACCAAAACAAGUCACUCUGGAACUUUUCUCUGUACUCUCUUCAACUCCUCUCCCUGAGAAGUGGCCAUUUCUGCAGCUCACCCUUUAAGGAUCAUUCUCCAGGUUAGAGAGCCCAGAUGUUCUCCCCCUUCUGCCAGUGGGAAUGGAGAACACACAAUGCUAGUCAGUAUCUGGUGGCACUUGAGGACAACCUGGUACUAUCAGAGACUUUUCUUCAGUGUGAGCCGGUCACUCUCCAAGCACCAAAUUCCUGUCUGAAACCUGUGAAACAGGAUGGAAAGCAAACCCCAUGCCAAACCAACGGCUCUGGGUAAAGUUCCCACCCCUAUGUCCCCUGGGAUGUUAAUCCCCACAACACAGGGUACCCUCUACCCAGGCCUCCAUUGUGGGAAGCGGUGGCACCAGCCCAUUGCUCAUUCUUCCUUUCACAUCGCUACCAUCGCAAAUGAGAACAAGGGGCACCCAUGCCACAAGGGAGAGUGAACCGGAGGCCAGCACAGAGCAGGCAAACAAACCUAUACAAAUGAUCAAGUCUGAGUGCUUCUCUAGUCCUGUCUUCUGUGGCUAAAACCUUGGGUCAUCUUAAAAC